ACCUCACAAAAUUUUGAACGGCGUUUCUGGAGGCGAUUUUUAUUUAUCUUGCUUAUAAAUUUGAGUUUUGUUUUUCUUAGUGUAUAAUUACCCAAAAAAUGACUGCGAUAAGAAGGGGAGAAGUUUUGAUCUUCAAAGGCUGUAAUUUUUUUCGACAGCGCUUAGUAUUAUCAGUGUUAAGUAGCAAAAGUGUGAAAAUAACAGAUAUACGAACACUCGACGAUGCACCAGGUUUGAAAGAAUUUGAAGUAAGUUUAGUAAGGCUGCUUGACAAAGUGACCAAUGGAACUGUUAUUGAAAUUAACGAUGAAGGAACAUCGAUUUAUUUCCAACCUGGGUUGCUAUAUGGAGGAACGAUUGAGCAUGACUGUUCGUUAGAAAGAGGAAUAGGAUAUUAUUUGGAAGCCCUUUUUAUGCUUUCAUUAUUUUGUAAGAAACCAUUAAAUGCCACAUUACGAGGAGUAACCAACACUAACAUAGAUCCAUCAGUGGACCUGCUGAAAACAUCUAUGAUAACAACUAUGAAAAAUUUUAUUUAUGACCAUGAGAAUUUAGACGUUUCUAUCAAAAAGAGGGGUCUAAGGCCGCUUGGUGGAGGUGAAAUUGUUUUCAAAUGCCCCAUUGGACAACAACUCAGGCCGGUUCAACUUCUUGAAAGUGGCUUAGUCAAAAGAGUGAGAGGUACAGCAUUUGCUCUAAGGGUCUCUCCAGCAAUUGCCAAUAGAAUAGUUGAUAAGGCAAAGGGUGUUAUGCUCAAUUUCAUUCCUGAUGUUUUCAUAACAGCAGAUCAGCGCAGAGGAAAACAAUCGGGUAAUAGUCCAGGUUUUGGAGUGCAUUUAACUGCUGAAACAACCAAAGGAGUAAUAUAUUCAGCAGAAGCAGUGUCAAAUGUUGUAGCUUUUGGGGAAGAACCAUCUUUACCAGAAGAUUUGGGUGAAGCCGCAAGUCAAAGACUUUGUAAAGAAAUAUUUCUAGGUGGAGUGGUAGAUUCCACAUCACAAGCUCUAGCCAUUCUCUUCAUGGCUCUUGGUCCACAGGAUGUUUCCAAGAUUGUAACUGGAAAUCUUACAGACUACACUGUGGGCUUUCUCAGGAACUUGAAAGAAUUUUUUGGGGUCACCUUCAAAAUUGAAAAGUACCAUGCUGAGGAAUUUGUUGAAGGAUCCGGUUGUGAGAAAGUUCUACUGAGUUGCGUUGGACUUGGUUACACUAACUUAAGUAAGAGGACAAUUUAAUUGAUGCAUAUUUGAAAUAUGAGUAUUGUAAAUAUUUAUGUAAAUAUACUGCAAUCAUCUGAAAAUGAGUUGAUAUUUGUAUUUUUAAUAAAAACAUAUUUUUCAUACAAA